ACAACAAAAAUUAUAAUAAGAACGUUUUAUCGUGUUGAGUUUUAAACGAAUGUUAAAAAAUAAAUCUUUAAUUAUACGUGUUUAACAUGAUUAUCAUUUAACAUUAAUCAUCACUCAUUGUAAAAUUAUUUUCAGAAUCUCCUAUUACCAGUGACCAUGUGCACAAAGCGAACGAUGCAUUACAUAAUUACAAAUCUAACGAAGAUACUUUGCGUCUAAUUUCAGUGAUCCGAUGUCUCUAACUACAUUUUUUUGCUGCCUGAACGUUACUACUUCGGAACGCUCUCCUGAGCGUUCGACGCGCACGGCCGACUCUUAUCUUGUUCAAUCGAGAAAUUUGCUGUGCGGUAUGGUUCUUAUAUCGGUUACGGAGACUCCAAGAUUUUUAAAAUGCUGCUUUACAGUCAUCCAUACGGUGAAGAUUUCAUUGUUAAAAAGUUGGAGUGUAUUUUGCAUGUGGCAAAACGUAUUUUUAAGCGCGCUAAUAAGGCAAGAAAAGCUCUCAUACAAAAGAAGAAAAUUGAAAAGAAAAACGCCGAACCGCUGAAAAAAAAAAAAAUAAGAACCAUAGCAAAAACAGUAGUGAAGAGAAAAACGACUGUUGUGAAAAAAGUUCCUGAAGUCAAAACUAAAAAUUUACAAUCAAGUUGAUGAAAGAACUCUCAGAGAACUACGGUUUAGCAGUCAGAAGAAAUAUGAAUUCUUUAUAGAAUAUGCGCAACGAGAUUUGAGCAGGAUACUAUCACCAAAUUUCGACUGAUGCCAAGCCGAAGCAUUCUAAGUGUUCCAUCGAUUGGUGAAAGUACCUCAAAGCUAAGGCACAUGGCACCUAAACACAUGUUUAACAGCAAAAAAAGUUGUUGAAAUUGCGUGCAAAGUUUCUGCAUGUAUCUUCAACGAAGGAUUCCGAACAGUGAUGAAGAUAAUGGAAACGAUGGGCAUGAAACUUGGGCCAGGAGCGAUCGACUUUGCUAAAAGACGCGACGACCGACGUAUCGAAUGUGUGAACCGUCGAAGCUCUGAGUGCUCAAAAGAUGCCAGAUCAAAGUGGAAGAAGGCAAGGCUGGAAGAAAUUGAAGAAUUUGAACAAGAAGAAGGUCUUUUGUACGGUCCAGGCAUCGCAGAUUAAGUUUAGAUUAUGCGUCAUGGAGAACGAGCACCUCAGGAUACUUAUCCAAAUGAUCCUUACGUUUCGGAUACAAUGAAACCUUAUGGUUGGGGUCAAUUAACUAACGUAGGUCGAGUCAAUCAGUAUAAUCAAGGAAUCUACUUAAGGCAACGUUACAAUCGAUUUCUUGGUGAAACUUAUAGUCCUGAUAUAUUUCAUUUACAAUGUACGUCAGUAGAUCGUACGAAAAUGUCAGCAAUGUUAGAAGCAGCUGGAUUAUGGAAACCAACCGAAGAACAAUCGUUCAAAGCUGAUUUUCCUUGGCAACCAGUUACCUUGUUUUAUCAACGCCGUUCUGAAGAUACGCUUAUGUUAAUUUGGGAUACGUGCCCUAAGUAUGCUCAAGCACGUAAUAAGAUUUUACAAUUACCGGAAGUACAAGAUGUUCAAAAUAAAAAUGAACAACUUUACGAAGAAUUAAGUAAUUUAACAGGCAUGACUAUUGCAACACCCGAAGAUGUUAGCUCGUUGUACAGCACGUUAAAAGCAGAGGAAACAAUGAAUUUGACAUUACCUGAUUGGACUAAAAAAUAUUAUCCAGAUAAAUUAAUACCAUUUACGUUGUAUGAUUUUCAACUUAACACUUACAACGAUAUGCUUAAAAGACUUAAAGGUGGUCCUAUGCUUAAGAAAAUCCUUUACGACAUGUUGGCGAAAAAGGAAAAAACUUUACAUCCUGAAACGAGAAAAAUGUUUAUGUACGUUGGACAUGACAGUACUGUUGUAACAUUACUUGAUGUAUUACAUAUUUGGAAUAAUCAAAUGCCAGAAUAUAAUAUUAUGAUUAUGAUUGAACUUCAUGAAGAUGCCAAUGGUUGGAAUGUUCAGAUAUUCUUAAGAAAUACAACCAAUUACGAGCCAUAUCCGAUGACUAUACCCGGAUGUGAUACGAUUUGUCCUAUUGACGAAUUUAUACAAAUUUUAAAACCAAUGAUUCCUGACAAUUGGGAAGAGGAAUGUAAAACUGACGGAGAUUAUAUUAUGCCACCAGCACCGGCGCCUUAAUUUAUUACAAUUAAUAGUUUUAAGAAGAAAAUUUCUGACAUUAUUUUAAGUCAAGAAAAACUUUAGUAUUAUUUAUAAAUAUACAAAUGUUUUACACGGACAUAUCAACUAGACAAAUGAUAUGUAUCAUUUGUUACUAAUAUACAGGCUGUGAUUACAAAUGGAUUAAAUUUGAUGAAGAAA